AUGACUGUUCUGGAGCAGGUGUUUACCUCACCAGAUGCAGGGUAUCAACAACUGUGUAAGAGUAAGCGUACUCGUAUGGAUAUAGUCCUCAAUCAAGAAAGCGGCUGCAACAUAUCACAGCUUUAUAACUUUAAGAAACAAUAUAGUCUGUCUACCACCAUAUCUGCUGCCUUAAUGUGUGCUUGUGGGACACCUAUCAGCCUGGGUACAGACACGGGAGGUUCCAUCCGCAUUCCAGCAUACUUUUGCGGACUUUUUGGUCACAAACCUUCCAGUGGUGUCACGUCACUAAAAGGGUGUAACAUUCACCUGGAUGUCGUGUGGAGUGAAAUGCAAAGUGCAGGACCCAUUACAAGACAUGCUAAGGAUCUUGCACCAAUUCUUGGUGUGUUAGUUGGUGAUAAAGCUGACAAGCUUUCUCUUAAUAAGCGUGUUGAUCCUGGGACGCUUCAGAUCUUUACCAUGGAAAAUGAUUGUGAUGGAAUCUUGACUUCCAAUAUGAGUUCCAGCCUAAUUUCUGCUCAGAGAGCUGUAGCGCAUCAUUUCCGACAUACAUAUGAUAUCACAGUUCGAAAGGUGAUAAUCCCAGGAAUGAAAAAGUCUUAUCAGAUAUGGCAAGAAAAACUAAGAGAGGAGUACCAGGAAGGGACUCCCAUUUUUCAACAAAUGGCUGAUAACAAGGGAGAAAUUAAUUUUUGGACUGAGAUAACCAGGCUUAUCCUGUUUCGUGCACACCACACCAUACCUCUGCUAGCCCAAGCAGCAAUGGAGAAAUUUGCAGGUGAGGUGAAAUUUUUAAAAGACCAGAAGAAAGUGCUUCAAGGAAAAGAAGACACUCAGAGGGUUCCUGCACAGCUUCAAGGGGAGACCAUGUGGAAGAAACUCCAGAUGCGAGUGCAGCGUCUAUUGGGGGAUAAUGGAGUGCUGCUGUAUCCAAGCCAUCCAACUUUAGCACCCUACCACAACGAACCACUCUUCCGACCCUUGAACUUUACCUACACUGCCAUUUUCAACGCACUAGGAUUCCCUGUUACUCAGGUACCUCUGGGACUUGCUCCAAAUGGUCUUCCACUUGGUAUACAGGUGGUGGGAGGACUCUAUCAAGACCAUGUGACCAUAGCUGUAGCUGCAGACUUGGAAAAGGCCUUUGGGGGUUGGAUCUGCCCUUCAAAGAUUUUAUAAACAAUUUUGUCCUUGUUUUGAACUAUGCAUUUACUAAAUAUGAACAAUCAUUAAUUUUGACUUGCCUGUACAAAAACCUAAAUAAAUCUCUCAAAACCAGCAGUUUCUUUC